AUGGCCACGAAGGAAGCAAAGAAGGAGUUGGUCCAGAAAUUCGUCCAUGAGAACGCGGUGAGCGUCGCAGUGACGAGGGGACGCAUCGGCCAAACCAAGGAGGAUAUUGGGAAGGCCGAACAGGAUCUUGGGAAGCCGAAGGGUAAAGACUCUCCCAAAGAAGCGAGUCCUAAGGCCGAAGCAAGUCUUACAACUAAACAGAGGCUUGAAGGUGACCUAGCCGUCUUCGAGAGCGAGUUGAAGGUCCAUAAGGCUGUGGAGGAGGAGUUGGACAAGAUGUUGCCACCUAUGGAGGAGCGCUGA